AUGAAACUCCUCAGUUAUAUUUUGGCUUAUCGACAAUUUCUCCUUGUGGUGUUCAGUGUGCUGGUUUUACUCCCGCUUCCUCUCGUCCUCCACGCUAAGGAAGCAGAAUGUGCCUACGUACUCUUCGUUGUAGCCAUAUUUUGGAUCACAGAAGCUCUACCUCUGUCAGUCACAGCUUUGCUGCCUGGUUUAAUGUUCCCCAUGUUUGGGAUCAUGCGUUCUACACACGUGGCAUCUGCUUAUUUCAAAGACUUUCACCUGCUGCUAAUUGGAGUCAUCUGUUUAGCAACGUCAAUAGAAAAAUGGAAUUUGCACAAGAGGAUUGCUCUGAGGAUGGUGAUGAUGGUGGGUGUGAACCCAGCACGGCUGACCCUGGGAUUCAUGAGCAGCACUGCCCUCCUAUCCAUGUGGCUUAGCAACACCUCUACUACUGCCAUGGUGAUGCCCAUCGUGGAAGCUGUGGCACAGCAGAUCAUCAGGGCUGAAGCAGAGGCCGAGGCCACUCAGAUGACUUAUUACAAUGAAUCUGCCAACCGUGUCCUGGAAGUUGAUGAAACUGUUAUUGGACAAGAAACAAAUAAGAAGAAAGAGAAAACAAAACCAAAAUACAGUAAUGAUGCAGAGAAAGUUUCAAGCAAGAUGGAUAUGGAAAAGAACUCAAUCACAGGAGCAAAAUAUCGGUCAAAGAAGGAUCACAUGAUGUGUAAACUUAUGUGUUUGUCUAUUGCUUACUCUUCUACCAUUGGUGGAUUGACAACAACUACUGGUACCUCCACAAACUUGAUCUUCACUGAGCAUUUCAACACACGCUAUCCUGAUUGUGAUUGCCUCAACUUUGGAUCAUGGUUUUUGUUUUCCUUCCCAAUUGCUAUUAUUCUUCUACUCUUGUCCUGGAUCUGGCUUCAGUGGCUUUUCCUGGGAUUCAAUUUUAAGGAGUUGCUCAAAUGUGGCAAAACCAAAACUGUGAAAGAAAAAGCUUGUGCUGAGGUGAUCAAGCAAGAAUACAAAAAACUUGGCCCGAUGAGGUAUCAAGAAAUCGUGACCUUGAUUCUCUUCAUUAUAAUGGCCCUUUUAUGGUUUAGCCGAGAUCCUGGCUUUGUCUCUGGUUGGUCUGAACUUUUUUCAGAGAAUCCUGGUUUUGUUACAGAUUCAACUGUUGCCUUAAUUGUAGGACUCCUUUUUUUUAUAAUUCCAGCUAAAACACUGACGAAAACUACACCUACAGGAGAAACUGUUGCUUUUGGUUACUCUCCACUGAUUACUUGGAAAGAAUUCCAGUCAUUCAUGCCUUGGGAUAUAGCCAUUCUUGUUGGUGGAGGGUUUGCCCUGGCAGAUGGCUGUGAGGUAUCAGGACUAUCUAAGUGGAUAGGAAAUAAAUUAUCUCCUCUAGGUUCAUUACCAGUAUGGCUAAUAAUUCUUAUAUCUUCUUUGAUGGUCACAUCUUUAACCGAGGUAGCCAGUAACCCAGCUACCAUCACCAUCCUCUUCCCAAUAUUAGCUCCACUGUCUGAAGCCAUUCAUGUGAACCCUCUUCAUAUUUUGCUGCCUUCUACUCUGUGUACUUCAUUUGCAUUCCUUCUACCAGUAGCAAAUCCACCCAAUGCCAUUGUUUUCUCAUAUGGCCAUCUGAAAGUCAUAGACAUGGUUAAAGCUGGACUUGGCGUUAAUAUUUUGGGUGUUGCAGUGGUGAUGCUCGGCAUGUUCACCUGGAUUGAACCCAUGUUUGACCUCAACACUUACCCUUCUUGGGCUCCUGCAAUUGUUAAUGACACCAUGCCAUGA